UGGGGAACGAGGAGGAGGAGGGGGAGGGGAGCUCGUUUCCAAAUGCUCUGUGUUCUCUCCUCCUAUUGGUGGCUUCCUCCUCCCUGGUACCCUGUCCCCAUCCAUCUCCUCUUCUUCCCCUGACACUUGUCUGUGUGCGAGGAGAGAGGAGGGACGCAGGGCGUGAAGAGCUACGAGGAGGUUCAGUCAAAAUGGACUCCUCCACCAAUGGACAAGUCAAGGGGGCGCCUACAAAUAAACCUGUGAAUUCUAGACCCAUUGCAACCAGAAACAUGAAAACUGCAAGUCCAGCUCAGUCUCCUAAAACAGCUACAGAUAGUCCCCGACCAGCAACCUCUAGAAAUGCAGGGCCACCCUCCAAACCUGCAAGUGCCAAAGUGACCUCUGGAGCAAAAGAAGUAACUAAUGCAAAGAACAGCAUGGUCAGGACAGCAGCUGCCUCCCCCAACAAACUCAAAUCGGUAGCACAAAAAGAUCCAGCAUCUCCAGUCAAACCUCCUGCCAGCCAAAUAACUCGCCAGCAGACCAGAGAUAAGGGGACUCAGCAGUCUUCAUUGCUAGCAGUGUCAAAAUCUGAAGCUGUCAAGAAGAGCAUUGCAGGUGCUCAGCCCUCCAAACCUAAAGCUGAAGGAGGAAAUCCUACACCCACAAAGCAGAAUGGAGCUGCUAAAAAGGAUGUGGGAAGACUGACACAGCAUGGGAUAGUGCCAAAAGAUAAGACAUUGUGCCUUCAACAAGGAAUUAGUGGGUCUGGGCUAACAAAACCUCUAGGAUCUUCAUCCAGCCCAGCCAAGCCUGUAAAGAUGACAUUAACCCUGAAUAAACCAGUGAAGAGCGUGCCUGCACCAAAUAAGCCUGCUAACACUUCACCAUUACCAGUUAAAGCUGCUAAAAUCCCAUCUUCGUCGCCCAAAUUAACUAACACAACUUCACCUACUGCUAAAACAUUUAAAACUGCUUCUCCCUUAGUUAAGACCCCAAGACUGACUUCGGUGCCAACCAAAACAUCAACUCCUCCUACUUCAGCAGUUAAUCAAAUUAAUGCCACGUCAUCUCCAGCAAAGUCAGGCAAGACCCCUCUGGUUAAACCGAUGAACACUGCAUCUACAUCUAACCAAGUUAAACUGGCAAAACCAACAGCUGCAAUGACUAAACUGUCUUCUGUGCUAAAUAAACCAACAAACCACUCUCCUGUAACAUCUAAAUCAGUCCCAGUGACUGGUAAAGCUAUGAAUGAAAAGCGUCCUGUACCCAAACCAGUAAAGAGUGCAGAGUCCCAGCGGGUUAUUAAUCAACAAAAGCUGGAAAGUCCUGAAAUGAAUGUAAAGGGUGUUGAAGUGGUUCAUGCUCAUACAGAACAAACAGAUACAUGUCCAACGCCAGUUAAUGAGAGCAAGGCCCCAGAAAAUAUUGUUGAAUCUGCAGAUGGACUAUUAUGUGAUUCUCAAUCAUUAUUAGAGCCUUGCGUUGUGUCCACUGAAUUAUCAACUGAAUCCUGUCCUGUAGAUUCAGAAAUACAACAGUCGGGAUCGUUGGAUCAGUGUGAAAAGCCUCUGGGGGAUCUCAAUAACCACAUAAAGCCAAAUGAAGGUGAAGAGAGGGUAACAUCAGCAGAACAAACGACUUCAACAAUUGAACUUUCACAUGAAGCUCUGAAACCAUCUCUAGAACCAACAGAGCAACCAAUAAACUCCCUAGAAGAAGGGAUCAGUUCUCCACUCAGUUGUCUACAAGAGGAAAUAUCAGCUCCUCUGCAACUAACAAAAACACUUAUAGAAACAACGAGCCCCUUAGAGGAAGAAGAGAACCCUCCAGUUGAACUUGUAGAGGAUGAGCUGAGUUCUCCUUUAGAAUUUUCUGAAAUGUUGAUGGAUCAGAAAAAAAAUUCUGAGGUAAAUGGGAAAAUCCCUGUAGAGGUAUUACAAGGAGAAUCAAUUCCACCAUUAGAUGGAAUGGUAGAAACACCAGUGAAACAUUUUGAGCAAACUGUAAAGAGCCCAGCUGAGUCAGGCAGUCAUUUCGGUGACGAGGUGUUGAUUCCAGAAGAAGUGGCAAUCCCAGUCGAACUGACAGAACCUUUACAUGUACAACAAACAUCUUUAUGUGAAAGAGCUAUCCUUUUAAAAGAAGAAUUGCUCGACCCCGUGGAGCUUUCCCAUCACUUAACUGAAGAAGUGGAGCUUCUAGAAAAAGCAACACCUCAUGUGCAUGAAGACAAAACCUUUAAAGGUUUUUGCAGACACACCUCUUCUCCUUCAGAGGAAGAAAUAUAUUCCCCAGUGGAGCAAGCUGAACCAUCAGAGGAAAUUCAGACAUCAUCAUUGGAGCAGGUCACACCUUUAGAGGAAGGAGUAGAGCUUUCAGAGGAUGAGGCUGGAUUUGUAGAUGAACCAAAUACUUUAAAAGACAAAGGUAGCAUUUCACUAAGACACUCAGAAGAAUCUGUAACAUUACCUGAAGAUUUCUGCAAACCAUUAGAAAUCCAGGAGACCUCGUCCAUGGAGGAGGUUACUCCAUCAGAUGAAGAAAUGGAACUUUCGAGGCCAGAAGAUGCAACUUUGCAGAAAAAAAUGGAAAGCUCAGAAGAACCAGAUAUAGAAGACAGUAAAUGUUCAACUGGCCUAUAUAAGGCAACAGAAGAAGUAAUGACUGAUUUAGUAGAAGCAGCGGACAUACAGGAAGAGAUCGAAACAGCAGGAGAACCUGAACAGCCAAGUGUGACCCUUCCAGGAGAAUCUGACAAAUCAUUAGAUGAACUGCUACAAUCUGAACUGGCAGAUAAUGUUGAAAAAAGAUGUGAAAGUGUAAAAUGUGUAACAGGCAACACAACAUUUGCAGAAGUGUCAAACUCUACUUUAAUGUUAGCAGAGCCAGUUACAUAUCUAGAGGGUACGGAUGGCUCUGAAGAUGAAACACAACAGCUUACAAAGGGACAAUUCAUAUCAGAAAGUCCCAUAGAAGACACUAAAGCAGAACUCAUUCAAUCAUUUGAGUCUACAAACGAGCAAGAGGAGACCACCAUUUUUAAAUCAUCCAUCACAAACUAUCUAGUUGAUCAGUCUGAUUCUUUAACAGAGCCAGUUGGUUAUGAAUUAAAAAGCGCCAGUGAUUUUGUGGUGGAAUUCAAGAAAUAUUUAGAACAAGGUAAUGCAACAAACCAGGAUUUAGAACAAUUUUCAGGGGGGAUGUUGAUUGAAACCAUAAAGGGAGAAGCAGAAACCGAUAACAACUCAACUGACUUGAACGUGUUUGAAGAACAGGUAUAUAUGACAGACACAUCAGCAAAAGAGCCAACAAAGCCUCUCAUUACGGAGGAAAAACAACUAGACUCAGCAGAGACUGAAACGGACUAUGUGAGUUCUCCAAUAAAUCCAGAGAAACCUGGCCUCAACAUUGUAUUGUUCCCAGAGGAACCGUUAACAUCUCUAAAGCAGUCUGAAAUUGCCUUAUUGGAAACAGCUAACUAUUUAGUGGAAGCACCAAAAUCUUCAUUAGAGCCACUGAAACAUGCAAAUCAUGCAGUAGAGGCUAUGGCUUCAUCAAUAUGUGAAUUAAUGGGAUCACCUGGGGAUCUAGUAACUGUACCAGUUACUGCAGUGUGGCAGGCAGCAGACGAAAAAGCAUCUCAAUUUGGAGAAUAUUCAGAAAGUGUAGAAACAGGGCCAGCACAAAGCAUCUCUACAACAAAUACUUUUCCAAGUCACCCAAGUGAUGUUCUGUUGGAAUCAGCUGAGCUAAUUACCAUCAUGAAGAUUGCAAAGAAAUCUAAGCCAUCAGGGAAGGAACCAGAUAUCAGUAUGCAGGAAGCUGCGGAUACCGCCACAAUACAGCCCUCCGAAGAAACAGCAAACUCUCUAGUCUUUGCAGGGCAGAAGCAACCUAUGAAUUUAAUAACUAUGCCUGUGGAUGAGGAAAAGGAACCUAAUGAUUUAUUAACCAUGCCUGUGGAAGAACAAAAUGAGCCUAUCGAUUUAAUAACUAUGCCUGUGAUAGAGCAAAAGGAAUCUACUGAUUUAAUAACUUUGCCUGUAGAGGAGGAAGAGGAAACCAGUGAUUUAAUAACUUUGCCUGUAGAGGAGGAAGAGGAACCCAGUGAUUUAAUAACUGUGCCUGUGGAAGAGAUAAGGGAACCUAUUGAUAUGAUAACUAUGACUGUGGAAGAGGAAAAGGAACCCAAUGAUUUAUUAACUGUGCCUUUAGAAGAGGAAAGUGAACCUACUGAUGUAAUAACUAUGCCUUUGGAAGAGGAAAAGGAACCUAUUGAUAUAACAAUGCCCGUGGAAGAGGAAAAUGAACCUACUGAUAUAACUAUGCCUGUGGAAGAGGAAAAUGAACCUAUUAGUAUAACUAUGCCAGUGGCAGAGGGAAAGGAACCUUUUGAUAUAACUAUGCCUGUGGAAGAGGAAAAUGAACCUAUUAGUAUAACUAUGCCAGUGGCAGAGGGAAAGGAACCUUUUGAUAUAACUAUGCCUGUGGAAGAGGAAAGGGAACCCAAUGAUUUAUUAACUCUACCAGCGGAAGAGGAAAGGGAACCUACUGACAUGAUAACGAUGCCUAUGGAAGAGGAAAAUGAACCUAUUGAUAUAACUAUGGCUGCAGAAAAGGAACCUAUUGAUAUAACAAUGCCUAUGGAAGAGGGAAAGGAACCCAACAAUGUAAUUCCUGUGCCUGUGGUUGAGCAAAAGGAACUUGUUGAUUUAAUAACUAUGCCUCUGGUAGAGCAAAACAAACCUGAUGAUUUAAUAACUGGUCCUCUGGCAACAAAAAUGGAAAGGUGUUACACAUUAGAUCAAAUACAAGAACCGCUAUCAACUUUAGUAGACUUUGGCAUAGAUAAACAGCAGACACUAGAAGUGGAGCCAAUCGCUCAUACUAUAGAGUCAGAACAAUUACCAUUUAUACCAUUGGCUGAGACAGAGUCCCCAGGUGUUUUACAUCCAACAGAAAUAACAUGGAGCCCCUCUACAACGAACACCGAAUUUGACAAUUCUCCAACAGCCAUUUCAGAAGCAUCAACUAAGCCUCUUUUGUUGCCAGCUGAUGAUCAUCUACAACACAAGACUGUCAUUGCCGAUUAUCUUUCAGAGCAAACUGUGAACACAGCAGAAGCCACAGGACUUACUGCAGAGGCAAUAACAUUUUCAGAUGAAGGAAUCAAAGGAACCAUUCAGCCUUUAUUAAGCGAAAACCAAUGUGAAGUUAAUGACAAACAUGAUUUGCUUAUAGGCCCUACAAAGAUAGUAGAUUCCUGGUUAUCCUGUCAGGAGUCAGCGAAAGAACACUGGGUGCUUGUGGAGAAAGAGGAACUUGCUGAUUUCAAAGAAGGGGAAGGCGAUAAGCCACAAAGGCCAGCCACCCUAAAUCAAGAGGGAGAUAACCAAGAGGAACCUAAGGCGGAGGAGGAAGCAGGAGAAAGGGCUUCGGUGUGCAGCACUUUGAGUGACCCACAAUUGGCGGGAAAAAGUAGUAGUGAGACGAGUACCCCUGAAGAACUUAGAACUUAUGAAGAUUCUAGUUCUGGAGUGGAAUCCCACUCAGAUGAUGUGGCCACAUCGCCACAAAUCACACUCACACCUGACCCAGAUCUAGGAAUCCACAUGGGCCAGGAAGAAGGGUCUGACACACCGGCAGGAACUCCAGCCUCAAAGAGCAAUCGGGCACCCCAUCCUCUCCAGAAUGCCAGCCUUGAGGAGCUCUCUGAAGGGACUUCUCUCUCUAGUGUCAUUAAACCCUCAGAUGAUAAUACAAUAGCCCAUGAAAUGGAUAUGACUUGUUUUACGUGCCCCCAGGUUUCAUCAGUUUCCAGAGAACAAGGACAUGAAGAGAGAGCAGAAGAAAGAGGUCCCCUGAGAGGUGAACCCAUCCCUAUUCCCUCACCUGCAGACGGGUUAUACACUAUCUACGAGACCGACCAAGGACCUCAGGAGCGCAGUCCCAGAGGGGCGGAACUGGGGCUGGUGGAGCAUAUCAUUGGAAGAACUUUGUUCCUGGCUGCCUCAGAAGGAGGGUUAAAGGGAGGAGUCAAGGGUCAGGUUGAACUGGGAAAGUGGGCAGAACUGUUGUCUCCCUUGGAUGAAUCACGUGCUAGCAUCACGUCUGUCACCAGCUUUUCUCCUGAAGGUGAUGUGUCUUCACAAGGCGACUGGACAGUAGUGGAGGUGGAAACAUUCCACUGAGAGGCCCCACCCUUGCGAAGCAUUGUGAUGAAUGAAUGUUUUGGGUAGGAGAUCUACCUAUGAGAAGCAUAGUAAAUAUGCAGGGCUUGAGCUCCACCUGUAAGGUGCACUGUGAAACCAUCUAGAACAGCAGGAACAAGCUGUAUGCAUCAAUGUGCAAUAUGUGAGUAAUGUAUGAGUGUGGAGCUUUGCACUAUUUUAGGUUUUUUGGAGGUUCAUGUGAAUGUCAAUUAUGAAAACUGUUUUUACAAAUAAAAGCUUAUACUUAUUAAACAUC